CGGUGCGGAAUCACAGAGCUCACAAGCAGAUUGGAGCACGGGCUUACAUUGCAGAAGCAGAACUGAUAAAAUGGACAAACUUCCGAUAACGCUGUUGCUCGCCACGUUGUCUCUGUUGGCCGCCGUCACAACUGUAUAUGGCGACUUUCCCGCCCAUGACGAUUUCGGUGCUAACCCAUUUGAAAAGCAGAAUUUCUUAAAAUGGAACCUCAUGUACGAUAAAUUGCGAAAACGGAGCAACAUGGCCAUGUUUCCAGGAAGGGGUUGGGCGUUCGGUCCGGACAGAAACCAGCUUUCCAACUGGAACAACUUGUUUAGGAGCCUGCCGAAUACAAAACGGCACAUGAGUGCUGAACCAGCAGGCUUUGAGUACUUCAACCCAUUUGGGAGCAAUUAUCAGAACUGGAAAAGCCAGUUCGAAAGCAAAAGAAACCAGGACUAACCUUUAACGAGGACUUAUUUCGAUACGUUCUUUUGGGUGUGGCCGUGGUGAAGGGGAAACUUUGCUUCGUUUUAAGCUAUCAAUUUUAAGUUGACAAAUUAAUCAUAUAAGAUAUCUAAAAGAUGUAUUUGGUUAACAUAGUAUCAAUCAUGCACGUAUUUUCGUCAUUACACAUAACACUUUAAACUUUGUUCUGAUUAAAUAAGUUUUU